AUGCGCACAGGACUGGCAGCGGCCGCGUCGCUGCUCCUCGCCGCGCUCACAUGUCCCACCACCGGCAACGCCGCGCCGACACCCGCCGCUGCCGCCGCCGUCUCAAACCCGGAACAACCGGUCGCCGACGCGUUCCUCCCCGACCAAGUCGUCGUCCCGCCCACAGACAGACAGUGGGACGUGCCAGUAUGGAACCGCUGGAGCAAGCUCGUGCAGGCGUACAAGCACACGGACGCUGUGAUCUCCUACGACGGCGUGUGGGACGAGACCCCGCGGUGGCACAAGACGUACGUCGGUGCAAACUCGCCCCCGGCGAGGCUGGGGUUUGAGUUUGUGGGCCUCGAGUUCAUCGUCCUCGGCCACGUCCCGCCUGGCUUUGGACAGGGCAGCAACGACGCGACCAUUGUGCACGUCGAGACGGACGGCCGGUCGGAGCGCUUCGAGCUCCUGCCCAGCCCGAACGGGUGGGACGACGAGAGCGGCGGCGGAAACUUCCAAGAGCGCUUCCUGAUCGCGAUGGACGACUACUCGUACAAGGACGGCGAAGGGAUUGCGUUUGACCCGCACCGCGUCAUCAUCACUGUGGAGCGCGGUGCGCUUGCAGUCUUUUCCGUGGUCACACUUUCCGGCACCGCUUUGGAGAGCGCGGUCGAGUAUGUGCCCAACUGGGAGCUGGGCCCAGAGUUUGUCGACGAGGCUGUCACUGAAGAUGGCGUGCGCACAUGGGACAACAUCACUGUGCCGUUUGAGGAUGCCGAGCCACGGUACACUCCCAUCCUCAAGCCGUUGGUCAGCUUUGCCCGAAAGAGGGGUACUUUCCGCACCGGGUCCAAGAUUGAGCGUAAGAUGGAGGUGUAUCGGGACCGCCCAAGGAAACCGACACACGGCAUUGUUGCCACGCACCCGUCGACGUUCAAGUUCUACCCACCGCGUGGCGCGACGUACAUGAACAUCAUCGGCGUGACGAGGACGGACAUGCAUGACGCCAAGGACAAGUCGUACUCGGUCGAGGUGUCUCCUGUGUUGAACGGCUAUGAGAGGACGCAGCUCGACUACACUCUUUCCGCCGCGCUGCUCGUCCGCGCCAACCUCUUCUCGUGGCCCCUCGACCCUAUGAGGGAGCAAGCGGUCACAUUGGAGGCUGGAGAGGGCGUCGUGUUGCUUGGGGUCGAGUACUUUAUUGCCAAGGAGAUUCCAGAGGUUACAGAAGAGGAACAAGCCGUCCCCAAUCCGGGUAUCGUUGUCACGUCCGACCCCACACACGACUGGCUGUACAACGGCAUGAUGGUGUUAUUGGUUCUGUCGCUCGUUUGCUUCGGGACCGCGUUCGUUAUCCGAAUCCGACGGGCCCUGCAGCCGCGUAGCCGCGCCUCAGCACAUACCGCUGCAGGUGUAGAGUUGGCCGCGACGCGCACGUCGCUACUGGAGAAGAACAGCCGUACCGGACUUGCCCCGCCAUGA